GAACACUCAAUUAUCUUCUGUCCACACCGGCCGGAUCAGCGCACGCCGUCCGCAACAUACAAAGCGAUGCGCCCGCCGCUCACAUCCACCUAAAUGUCACUCAGAUCUUCCUGGCUGGACCUGAACUACAUCGCUCAGCAGUCUGAGAUUAACUCCCCCCUCCGGCCCCCCUUCAGUCUUGCACAGGUGUGCCGGCUCCUCCCCUUCAGUCCUACACAGCUGUAUCGGCUCCUCCCCUUUAGUCCUACACAGGUGUGCCAGCUCCUCCCCUUCAGUCUUGCACAGGUGUGCUGUCUCCUCUCCUUCAGUCUUGCACAGGUGUGCCGGCUCCUCCCCUUCAGUCUUGCACAGGUGUACCGGCUCCUCCCCUUCAGUCUUGCACAGGUGUACCGGCUCCUCCCCUUCAGUCUUGCACAGGUGUACCGGCUCCUCCCCUUCAGUGUACCGGCUCCUCCCCUUCAACCUUGCACAGGUGUAUCGGCUCCUCCCGUCCAGUCUUGCGCAGGUGUACCGGCUCCUCCCCUUCAGUCUUGCACAGGUGUACCAGCUCCUCCCCUUCAGUCUUGCGCAGGUGUACCGGCUCCUCCCCUUCAGUCUUGCACAGGUGUACCGGCUCGUCUCCUGGACUGGAAUGGCUUCCUCUGAUGUCACUGCACACUGUGAGCUUCUCACAAUGUGCAU